AUGAUAUCUGUCUUUUUGCAGAGACACGAGUUCUUCGUGGACAUGACCUGCGAAGGCUGCUCCAAUGCAGUCACCCGUGUCCUGCACAGACUGGGAGGUGUCCAGUUUGAUAUUGACCUGCCUAACAAGAAGGUGUACAUUGAGUCAGAGCACAAUGUUGACACCCUAUUGGAAACUCUAAAGAAGACUGGAAAGAGCGCAUCCUACCUGGGGGAGAAGUCUGUGCAGUAGCCUGCUGUGAGGAGGCUAGGAACUCAAAACCUGACCAGCAAAUAAGACGGUUUAAGCUGUUUGCGUGUCUCCCACCUUGCUCUGCCAUUUGACCUUUGCUACCCUGCCAGAUGUCGGAAAGGAGAGAGCUGGCAGGAUGAGACAGCUGCAUUUGGGCUUUAAAAGUGGACAUAUCUAGAGGAGGUUAUAUGCUGUUUCUAGUCCCACAGUAAAUCGAGGUGCUGCUUCUAUCUUCCAGCA